CCGCUGUCGCGACUGCGCAAAGUCAUCGAGGAAUCCUGCGCGCACAUGGCCAGCUCCGUGCUCGUCAGGUGAGCGCCGGCGCCGCCUCCGGAGGCCCUGGAGCGGGGCGGGGAGGGGCUGAGCUGCCCGAGGAUUGCAGGGAGCGAGCCAGGCGGAGGCCGAGGAAACGCCCACAUGGCCGGGUUGAUCCCAUCCCACCCCUCUUCGGGUCGCUGUGUUCUGUGUUGGAACCAUGAAAAGGCCGCUGCUGCAAGCGACAUCUCGGUGAAAGAUGAUCAAGCCGUUAAAUGCACAGUGUGUGUCAUCUUUGUCUAUCCUGGUUAAAACUCAUGGCAGAAGGAGAAUUGAAAGAUAUGGAACAAUUUUUUGAUGACCUUUCAGAUUCCUUCACAGGGACAGAGCCAGAAGUUCAUAAAACAAGUGUAGUAGGGCUGUUUCUACGCCACAUGAUCUUGGCAUACAACAAGCUUUCCUUCAGCCAGGUCUAUAAACUGUACACUGCUCUUCAGCAGUACUUUCAGAGUGAUGACAAAAGAAAUGGACUUGAUGAGAGUGAUAUGGAACUGACAAACACAGAAGAACUGGAGGGGAAGAUGGAGAAAGAAGAGCUUGACAUGCCUUUAAGGGAAGAAGAGAUAUCUUGCAGUGGGCCUCUUUCCCAGAAACAAGCAGAGUAUUUUCUUUCUCAGCAGGCCUCUUUACUAAAGAAUGAUGAAACAAAGGCUCUUACUCCAGCAUCUUUACAGAAGGAGUUGAACAACUUGUUAAAAUUUAAUCCAGACUUUGCUGAAGCACAUUAUUUAAGCUACCUAAAUAGCCUCAGAGUACAGGAUGUCUUCAGUUCCACACACAGCCUCAUUCAUUAUUUUGACCGUUUGAUCCUCACCGGAGCCGAGAGCAAAAGCAACGGGGACGAGGGUUACGGGCGCAGCCUGCGCUACGCCGCGCUCAACCUGGCAGCGCUGCACUGCCGCUUCGGCCACUACCAACAGGCUGAACUUGCCCUUCAGGAAGCCAUCCGAAUUGCACAGGAGUCUAACGACCACGUUUGCUUGCAGCACUGCCUGAGCUGGUUGUACAUCUUGGAGCAGAAGAUGUUUGAUAGCUGUGUUCUGCUGGAGCAUUCUGUAAACAAGUCUUUACAUUUUGGGUUGCCAUACCUUGCUUCCCUGGGAAUACAGUCCUUGGUUCAGCAAAGAGCUUUUGCAGGAAAGGCUGCCAACAAACUAAUGGAUGCCUUAAAAGAUUCAGAUCUGUUGCACUGGAAACACAGCUUGUCAGAGCUUAUUGAUAUCAGCAUAGCCCAGAAGACUGCCAUUUGGAGGCUCUACGGCCGCAGUACCAUGGCACUUCAACAAGCCCAGACACUGCUGAGCAUGAACAGCCUGGAGGCUGUGAGCGUGGGUGUUCAGCAGAACAACACGGAGCCCUUUGCAGUGGUGCUGUGUCACCUGGCCGAGCUGCACGCCGAGCAGGGAUACUUUGCAGCUGCUGCUGAGAUAAUGAAACACCUAAAAGAAAGAUUCCCUCCCAACAGCCAGCAAGCACAGCUUUGGAUGCUGUUUGAUCAGAAAAUACAGUUUGAGAGAGCCAUGAAUGAUGGCAGAUACCAUAUAGCAGAUUCUCUUGUAGCAGGCAUCACAGCACUGAGUAGCACUGAAGGUGUGUACAGAAAAGCCAUUGUAUUGAAAGCCCAAAAUCAGAUGUCAGAGGCACACAAACUUUUACAGAAAUUACUGAUCCACUGCCAGAAAAUCAAGAACACAGAGAUGGUGAUAAGUGUCCUGCUGUCAAUAGCGGAGCUCUACUGGAGAUCCUCCUGCCACACCAUAGCGCUGCCGGUCCUGCUGCAGGCUCUUGCCCUCUCCCGAGAAUACAGCCUGCAGUACUUGGCUUCUGAAACCCUGCUGAACUUGGCCUUCUCCCAGCUGAUCCUUGGCAUUCCUGAACAAGCCCUGAAUAUUCUGCACAUGGCAAUAGAACCUGUCCUGGCCCACGGAGCUCUCUUGGACAAAGGCUGCGCCAUGUUCCUGGUGGCCAAAUGUCAGGUGGCUUCUGCAGCUUCCUACAGUCCCCAAAAGAAGACUGAAGCUUUGGAAUCUGCUCUCCUGAAUCUGAACGAAGCCAAGGCUUACUUUGCCAAAGUGGACUGCAAAGAGCAGCUCAGAGAUGUUCUCUAUUUCCAAGCCCGGCUGUUUCACACCUUGGGCAAGACCCAGGACAGGAACAAAUGUGCCAUGUUGUUCCGGCAGCUGCACCAGGACCUGCCAGCCCACGGGGUGCCCUUAAUCAAUGCCUUCAAGUGAUGUAGAAGAGAUUAAAUGAUGAGAUUUGUUUGUUUUCUUGGGGCUUGGGUUGGUUUGGUUGUUUUUUUACACAUGCCUAUCAAAGUAAGUGCCAGUAAACGAUGAUCUUCUGUUGAACAAA